AUGUCCUCCCCGCAGGUCUCUUCGUCCCGCAGACAGUCAUGUUAUCUGUGCGACCUGCCCCGCAUGCCCUGGGCCAUGAUCUGGGACUUCACCGAGCCCGUGUGCCGGGGCUGCGUCAACUACGAGGGCGCAGACCGCAUCGAGUUCGUCAUCGAGACAGCCCGCCACCUGAAGCGGGCUCACGGCUUGCAGGAGGGCAGGUCCCCCGGCGGCGGACCGCCUCCUCCGCCGCAGCAGCAGCCCGCUGUGGCAAAGAGCCAGGCGGUGUUACUGACCGGGAAAGAGCCGGUGGGACAGCUAAACCACCACCACCACCACCAGGCGGAUGGACCGGGGAAGUCUCAGCAGCCCGGCUUGGACCGAUACCCGCUCGGUCCCGAUAGCCGAGUUCGGUUUGACUACGGCGGGCUCAGCAGCAGCAGCGGCCGGCUUUCCAACGGAGUCGGAGGAGCCAACGGGUUCAAACCGGACGACGGACCGCCCGAGCUGAACCGACAGAGCCCGAACUCCAGGAGCAGGGGCCACGGCGGGCUGGUGUCGGCACCGGGACAGAUGAAUGUACCGCCGAACCUGCUGCCGCAGACCCUGCUGAACGGACCGGGUCCGCACGGCAUGGCGAGCAGAGCCGCCCCACACAGCACCAUGGCCGGUGUCUCUCUGCCCUGCCAGGCGGGGCUGUCCGAACCCGGAGCGAAGCGGCCCGCCUCGGUGUCCAGCACGGACCAGGAGCGGGAGCUGAAGGAGAAACAGCGGAACGUGGAGGCUCUGGCCGAGCUGAGCGAAAGCCUCCGGAACCGGCAGGAGGAGUGGACCAACAAGCCGAAGAUGGUGAGGGACACGCUGGUCACCCUGUCCGGCUGCACCCCCUUCGACGUCCGCUUCAAGAAAGACCACGGGCUGGUCGGCAGGGUGUUCGCCUUCGACGCCGUGUCCAAACCCGGCAUGGAGUACGAGCUGAAGAUCUUCAUCGAGUACCCGAGCGGCUCCGGGAACGUGUUCUCCAGCGCAUCGGGGGUCGCCAAGCAGAUGUACCAGGACUGUAUGAAGGACUUCGGCAGGGGGUUGUCCUCCGGGUUUAAGUAUCUGGAGUACGAGAAGAAGCACGGCUCGGCGGACUGGCGUCUGCUGGGGGAUUUAUUACCGGAGUCUCUGCGCUUUUUUAAGGAGACUGUGGGGGGAGACAUGCUGCCGCAGCCGUACAUCGACGGCAGCUUCCCGCUGCUGCCCACCUCCCUGGUGCUCCCCGGCCGAGCGCUGUCUUCGGGGAGCGGGGGUGGCAGCUCCAGAGCCGGCGUGAGGAAGCGGAAAGCCUCCCCGGAGCCGGACGCUGCGGAGAGCGGCCUGAAGCUGACGGAGGAGCAGCAGAGGCAGCAGUGGAUCAACAGCCAGACCGAAGCCCUCAAGCUCUCCAUGGCUGCCGGCUCUUUCUCCGGGCCGCCGCCUCCGCUCGGCCCGGGACACCCCGCUCUCUCCUCCGGCCGCGCCAGCCCGCCGGAGUCCGCUGCUCCUCCGCAGAACGGACAGUCCCCGAUGGCCGCGCUCAUGUCAGUAGCGGACACGCUCGGGAACGCGCAUUCCCCCAACAAGGAUAGAGACUCGGUUCACUCCACCACCUCCUCCUCCAGACACAACAACAGCAGCCCGGUGUCCCCCGCCUCCGUGUCCGGACAGAGGCGCCUCUCGUCCCGCAACGGAGACCUCGGACUGUCCACCACGUCGCAGUCCGCAGGUGGCCUGGAGCAGGUGCACGCGCAGAACGUGCCCGACUCCCCCAUGGCGAACAGCGGGCCUCUGUGCUGCACGAUCUGCCACGAACGGUUAGAGGACACACACUUCGUGCAGUGUCCCUCCGUCCCCAACCACAAGUUCUGCUUCCCCUGCUCCAGAGAGAGCAUCAAGGCCCAGGGGGCCUCCGGGGAGGUGUACUGCCCCAGCGGGGAGAAGUGCCCGCUGGUCGGCUCCAACGUGCCCUGGGCCUUCAUGCAGGGGGAGAUCGCCACCAUCCUGGCCGGGGACGUGAAGGUAAAGAAGGAGAGAGACCCCUGAGGAAGAGGAUGAUGACGAUGAAGAGACUCUUUAAACUUUCACUGCAAAAAAUAGAAAAUGUGAAACAGUCAGUGUUCUGCUGAGCCUCCUGUAACUGUGUCGGGGGGCCAGACCAGGUCUGUGAUGGGUGCAGAUUAAAUAGGUGAAACUACAGUGGACAAAAGCAGGACUGCAGAGUGGUCCAGAACAGGAACCAGUUAAACUUUUAAUUCAAGGAGAAAUGAGACGAGGUAAGAGUAGACCCCCCCCCCCCCCAUAUUUCAAAAUUAUAUCAAUUAUUACAUUAUUAUCAGGCCAAAAGAGGGUGUUGUUACAGAGAAUUGAUGGAGUCUUGGUGAGGGUCUUCAGCACUCUGACACGUUUGUCGAUGUCUGAUUGGUUCAGUCUGUCGUUCCAGCCGGUUGCUCUUCAGUGGUU